AUGCGGCCUCAAGAGCACAACAUAACUUAUGACCUCCUUUCACGACUGGUGAGGCAAUAUGAAGCACUUGACGAUGUAUGGUCGCCGAGGUUUCUUGAAAUGAUCAUCUUACAAGCUCUUCCUGGCAGCCAAGUUGAAAGUUCCGCCAUGGACUGGUUCGCAGAACAAGGCGUCAAGUAUUUAUCAGUACCAACAGAUAUUUUGAUCACGAACUCAACGCUAGAGCUGUUCACCUUGCUGCCUUCCACAGAUACGAACCUGGAAACGGGCCCUUAUUUCUCUACGCUAAGUGAUGGUUGUAUCCAUGCAAGACGAGCAUAUCUACUCUAUGACGACAAUUUACAGGCCUUUACUCAAGCUAUAGCGCCUGCGCAACAUUCCGGCACUUAUAGUUCUGUUUCACUCUACAAUGGAAGAUAUCGAAACCUUCUUGUGCCGGUGCCCUCACGACUCUACAGCAUCGAUGAUCCUCGACCACUCGCAGGACUGCGGGUCGCAGUCAAAGAUCUCUAUGCCAUUGACGGUAUCGCAAUUACUGGUGGCUCAAAGGCUCAUGCUGCAGUAUACCCCGAGCGCAAUAAUACGGCCACGGCUAUUGCCCAACUCAUCGAAUUGGGAGCUGUGCUUGUUGGCGUCACCAAAACCAGUCAAUUUGCCUUUGGCAUCCCACCACGGCAUUGGAACGAUGAUCAAUACCCUUUUAAUCCUCGUGGAGACGGCCAACUUGCAACUGGAGUUUCGUCUGCAGGAAGCGGCGCAGCGAUCGCAGGGUACAGCUGGCUUGAUAUUACUAUAGGUAGUGAUACCAGUGGAAGUGUUCGCAUUCCAGCAUCCUUAGGAGGUACUUACGGUGUAAGACCAUCGUGGGGCGCGCAAGAUAUGUCGAAUAUACUGCCCCUCGGGCUACCAUUCGACACAGCUGGGUUCUUCACCCGAGACCCCCACCUAUUUUCGACAAUGGGUCCUCUCUGGUAUGACCAAGGGGAGGCUCCUUUCAACGAGACUUUCGCAUCAUUCCCGCAGAAGCUCCUCUACCCCGUCGACUACUGGCCACUUCGAAAUCCUGAUGCGCAGAGAAUAUACGACGAUUUCCUCAACGCUGUGAGCCGAGAGUUUGGAAUGGUUAGGAGUGAUGUCAACGUCACAGCAAUUCUAACUGAAUCCGACCUCCCAGUCGCAAAUAGCUCUGCAUCAAUUCUUGGCCUAUUUCAGACGAGCGUAGCCUACGAUUCGUAUCAUGGCAUCGGUGAAGCGCUGAUCGAGGGAUGGGAAGCCUUGUACCCAGACCGAGGAUAUCCACCAUUGGACAACGAAACCCGAUCCUGGUAUAGCAUUGGCCCUUCGAUCGGCGAAGACGCUUACAGCGCCAUGCUGCAGGGCAAGCAAGAGCUAGCAGACCUUUUGAACGGCAAUUUUUUUCAAGAGUCAGUUGAAUCUUGCUCUGAUGGAAUCAUGAUUCUGGAAACAGGAGCAAGCGGUUUACCAAACUAUCGAGAGGACUAUCUCAACGAGACGCCGGGGGCGGGCCCAAUGAUUCUAGAAAGACUACAGGAGUUCUUCUUGAACCCAGUGUUCCUGUCGCCAAUCACGGGAGGCCCGGAAGUCAGUAUCCCCAUCGGACAAGUCGAGUAUGAGAGCCCCAUCAGCCAGCAAACAGAGUAUUUGCCUGUCAACAUCAAUCUCCUCGCUCGUCCAGGCUGUGAUGGUAUGCUUUUUGCGCUCAUUAAAGCCUUGGCUGACAAGGGCAUCGUGAAGACAGUUCUGGCUGGGAGAACUGCAUACUAA